UUCAGUUUUGUUUUACAGACUGUCUGACCGGGUUAUUAAAAUAAUAAUGAAAAUACAACACUCGGUGUGGUAACCCUUUAUAAGUCGGGCGUAAUUAUCGCUGUGUCUGGAAGAGGGUUCUAACAGAUUGAGCCCCGAGGCUGAGAAUGGCUUCCGACGGGCGGCCGGACUGCAGCUGCUGCUCCCACGUCUCCUCGGCUCCGAGCAGCGUCCAGCAGACCCUGGACGAGAUGGACUUCGAGAGAGGUAUUUGGUCAGCAGCAGUGGAUGGAGACCUGGACAGAGUGAGGACGUUCCUCCUCAAGGGGACAGACCCAAACACAGUGGACAGAGCGGGGUACACUGCCCUGCACUACGCAAGCCGCGCCGGCUGUCUGGCCGUGUGCGAGACGCUGUUGGAACACGGAGCUUGUGCCAACUCCCAGACGAGGGGCGGAGCCACCCCCCUGCACCGCGCCGCCUACAGAGGGCACCUGGGCGUGGUCAGAUUGCUGCUGUCGCACGGGGCGGAGCCAGGCGCCUGUGACGACGACGGCUCCACCCCUUUGCACAAGGCUGCAGGGCAGGGGCGGGUGGAGGUGUGCCAGCUGCUGCUGCAGCACUGUCCCGAGCUUCGAAACCUGCAGGACAAGAGGACCAGGACGCCCUGGGAGGUAGCGGAAGACCGCGAGGGACUGCGAGACCUGCUCAAACCACAAAGCGAGCGAGCAGACAGCCAGCCUCUCCAUGCCGCACUGUCUGCUGACUGAGUGUCAAUGCAUCUUAUGGACACCAGAGGGAGCCAUAGUCACUCUGGCCAGGCAUAUUUCAUUUCCAUAAAUGACCUGCAGAUGGCAGCAAAGUCCUUAAUAAGUAUGAACAGAACACAGUAAGACGUUCUCGAAGCAGAAGUACUGCCCCUUUUUACAGUAAUUGAGAGAUUCUUAAGGGAAAUACUGUGCAGGUGUUUUUAACUUGGAUCAGGAGCUGCUGUUCUGUUGUGGUUCCAGUGUAGCACAGUCUAGAUCAGACAGUAUUUAUCCCCUUCCCUGUGUGGAUUAUUGGACCAUUAAAAGGGCUUCUCAAACUUGAUCCUGGGGAGCCCCUGUGGCUGCUGGUUUUCAUUCCAACUGAGCUCUCAAUUACUGAA